UAUAUACAAACAGAAGUGCAUGAUACACCAUAGAUUCCAACAUGUAAACAUUGGUAAGCUUGUUAGUUGUUGGCUUGUUGCAUUUAUUAGAAUUUAAAUUUAAAAAGAAAAAGAAGGGAAAAAAGUUUUUAGGCGUGAUCGAAUAUGCUGGUUCGGGUUGCCAAAAAUAGUGUCGUCUCCAAUUAUUUACAGUGCCUCUUCCCCCAUUGUCUCCGUUUGGGCUCUCCAUUUCUCCUCACUGUUUGCCCAAAAACCCUUUUUGUCCGCCAUUACAACACUUUCUUCACCUCCAAACCCGAAAUCCUCACAAGAGGGAGAGAGACCAAACCCUAACAAACACUCUUCUCUUCUCUUCCCCUCUCCUCUCUUCUUCUUCUCCCCCCGCAUUUUCAUGUCUUCUGUUGUCUUCCUGGUCUCCUGCAUUUGGCUCCCGAUUCACACCCCUCUACGGCGCCGCUUCUUCUCCGAUGGCCUCCUCACUGGCUCUCCUCUGAGCCUGUCCUGCUCCAGUCUUCGAAUAUGACUGAUCCCAAGGUUUUCAUCUUUGGGUCAUUCACAGAAGAUGAGAUUAGAUCUUUGCAAGGGCACCCAAUGAAGAAUGAUGUAGAGAUUACAUUUGGUUCUUUGGAUUCUGCAACCCUAAGAUCUGUGGGAAUUUUGAACUCAAAUCCAACAAAAGUUGAUUAUUCUAGGGGAGCUCAACCAUCCAAGGUUUUUAGUAAGGAGAACUCCAAAAAUACUUCUGGCAGUACUGAAAAAGCAACAAUACCAGUAAUCUUCUCACAAGAAAAUGGAAGCAUAGGUGGUUCAGAUCUGGGUUACCACAGUACUGCCCAUGAAGUGAAACCUUGCAACAAAGCACAUCAAUUGUUGAGUUCUGAAGGUUCUUCUGUCACACCAAAGGAAUCAAGUAUAAAGCAGGAAUCAACUGUGAACGUGACUAACUUAUCAACCUCCUUGGAUGGGGUUUCAUUGGGUGAAUCAAAGGACUUUAAUGUAGGCAAUUGCAGACAAAAUGUUGUAAAAGCAUCAAAUGGGCCUGUUAAUACAAUUAUAUAUUUACUACCUCGAGGUUUAGUGAACUUGGGCAACCUGUGCUUUCUCUGUGCAACCCUUCAGGCCCUGCUUUCUUGUGCACCAUUUGUGCAACUCUUGCAGGAACUUAGAACUCGUGACAUACCAGAGACUGGCUAUCCAGCACUUCGUGCAUUUGUUGAGUUUAUCUCUGAUUUCGAUAUGCCCCUCAAAUCAAAUUUGAAGAGAAAAGAUCUGGUAUCUAUGGAGACUGGGAAGCCUUUCCGCCCUCUGAUGUUUGAAUCAGUUUUGAAAUGUUUCACUCCAGAUGUCCCAAACAGCUUGACUGGCAGACCAAGGCAAGAAGAUGCUCAAGAAUUCCUCAGUUUUAUUAUGCAUCAGAUGCAUGAUGAAUUGCUGAAAUUAGAAGGUCAGUUGCCAAAUGGUGUUGGAAGGAACUCCUCUUUGGUUUCAUCUGUACAUGUGGAUGAUGAUGAAAAUUGGGAAACUGUUGGCCCACGAAAUAGGACUGCAAUUACCAGGACACAGAGCUUUGUCCCUUCAAAAUUAAGUGAAAUUUUUGGUGGUCAGUUGAAGAGCAUUGUGAAGGCAAGAGGUAAUAAAGCCUCAGCAACUGUACAACCAUUUAUGUUGCUCCACCUUAACAUUUGCCCGGAUCCUGUUUGUACAAUAGAAGAUGCUCUCCGGCUAUUUUCUGCACCAGAGACUCUUGAAGGGUACAGAACAUCAGCAGAUGGGAAGGCUGAAGUGGUGAGUGCGAGCAAGUCUGUCAAGAUUCUAGAGCUUUCUGAUAUUAUGGUGUUGCAUUUGAUGCGCUUCAGUUAUGGAAGUGAAGGAAGUACCAAGUUGCACAAACCCGUACACUUCCCUUUGGAGCUUGUGUUUGGUCGGGAUUUGCUCGUCUCUCCCCAUUCCGAGGGUCGGAGGUAUGAGCUUGUUGCGACUAUAACGCAUCAUGGGAUGGACCCUUUUAAGGGUCACUAUACAGCUGAUGCCCGCCAUCCGAGUGGCAAGUGGCUGCGCUAUGAUGAUGCUGCCGUCACCCCAAUCCCAACAAGCAAAGUGCUGCAUGAGCAAGCUUACAUUCUCUUCUACAAACAGCUGUAAUUGUACAAUUCAGAAUGAGAGUUGCGCUAUUUUGCUGAUCCAGACUCUCAGCCAUUUGCGGGCGGAUAUUUCUUUGUACAUGUAUUACAGUAGAAGCAAAAAUAGGUGACAGAUCUCACAGAAGGUAACCAUAUAGGAAGGAUUAUGUCUGUCUUUUCUCUUCUCUUUUUUUUUUUCUAAAAAUUAAAUUCCCUGACUCACAACCUUGAAUGCCUCCUUUUAUUUAUAUAUUAACUCCAUUUUAUUUCCCUUCAAAAA